AAGUCGAUCUGUUUCGGCGGCUAUUGCCCUGCGCUUUGGCAUGAAAGUUCAGGUACUACUUUUAUUUUUGGUGAGUCCUCUGUCGGAUAUUGGUGCAGAGGACUUCUGUCGAGAGACCAAAGGCUCGAUAUUGCACGAUCAAGUUCUAAUCGGCAAUGUGAUUUCCUCGUUGGUAACCCGUGGAAUUCUCUCUUGUGCCCAAAGAUGCCUGUCAUCGACGCCGUGCUCGUCAUUCAAUUACCAAACGUCAGCGCCAAGAGAGGGCAUUUGUGAGUUGAAUGACAAUCAAGAUGGAGAUGUACGUUCAAAGGUGGCUCUGAAACGUGGAUUCGCCUUUGGCCGAAUACAUCGAAAAGAGAGGCCGCGAAGCUGUUUAGAAGCGUGGAACCGAGGUGCGCGAAUAUCUGGUUUCUACUGCAUUCAAGACAAUAACGAUCAUCUCUACAAAAUGUAUUGCGACCUGGCCUCUGAACCCGGCUGGGCCUGGACACUGGUCACCUCACAAAGCUUACGCUACAGGGAGGAACAAUUUGCGUCAGUGGGGCUGCUUGUCGAUUCUCCAGAGAAUGCAGAAAUGGCCAAUUGGCAAGCUUACAGACUUCCUUUAAGAAAAAUGGAAGAAUUAAAAUCUCAAUCCACGCACUGGCGAGUAACGUGUUGUUUUCCAACACUUGGUGUCGAUUAUAGAGAUUAUGUAAAGGCAGAAUUUCGGAAAUUCGAUAUUUUGACUUUUUCGGCGGGAAGAGCAUGCAAAGAAGUGGAGUACAUGGAUGUUCGGGGGCAUAAUUGCCAACAAUGCACCUCAGCCUGGGGACAGAAAAAGAACUUUUUCUUGACUCACCGCAGUGACGUCAACGAGUGCGGGCGCAGCUCCACCCCAGACCACCUAAAUGGGGAGCAGACUUUCGGACGGUACAAAAAAGGGCGAAAUCCAAACUUUCGAUGUACUUCAGCCAAUUCAUCCACCACCAACUAUUGGUUUGGACACAAAUUAAGUAUAAGGGAUUCCCUCGAUUAAAGCGGCAUUUCUAGGUUUGGUGUCAUGAUCACUGAUAUUUUGGAUGCGCUAAAUUCUAAAAGAAAGACUGAAUAGAUUCUAGUGUGCCAGUACUCAUCAUCUCAGUGCAGUGCCCCCUUUCUUUACACACUUGGACCUGAAUUGCGACAUCUAUAACCACAGGGAUCCCAUAAAGAUGGUGUGACCUUCUGUGGGGUUUUCUGUCACCACGAAUGGCCAUAAACUGCAAAUUUCCAAUGGCCGAUGAGGCAAUCGUUAGAACUGUUUGCAGAGAACUCAAGGGGUUCGGUGACGAUGCUUUCAGAGGUACUUUGGGCUACCACAAGUAACUUUCAGGUUGCUGGGAAGUUCUUUUAAAUUAAGUUCAAUGUCUUUUUUUUUGUAAAAUAUAAAGAACGAAGACCUUUCCGUUUUCUUUUCUUUGGA